AAACGACGAACGACGCGGUGUUGGAACCCUCCCCCCUCCCCUCACGGACCAGGGCCGAUUCUCCGUUUUCUAGCAGGUAGCUCGGCGCGGCGACACCAUGAAGGACCGUACGGCGGAACUACGAAGUGCUAAGGACAGCGAUGAUGAUGAGGAGGUGGUGCAGGUCGACAGGGACCACUUCAUGGAUGAGUUCUUCGAACAGGUUGAGGAGAUUAGGGGCUGUAUAGAAAAGCUGUCGGAGGAUGUGGAGCAUGUCAAGAAGCAGCACAGCGCCAUCCUGGCUGCACCCAACCCUGACGAAAAGACCAAGCAGGAGUUGGAGGACCUCACAGCUGACAUCAAGAAGACAGCCAAUAAAGUUCGCUCAAAAUUAAAAGCAAUCGAGCAGAGCAUCGAGCAGGAGGAGGGUCUCAACAGAUCAUCAGCGGACCUCAGGAUCCGCAAGACACAGCACUCGACGCUGUCACGCAAGUUUGUGGAGGUGAUGACUGAGUACAACACCACGCAGUCCAAGUACCGCGACCGCUGCAAGGACCGCAUCCAGAGACAGCUGGAGAUCACUGGGAGAACCACCACCAACGAGGAGCUGGAGGACAUGUUGGAGAGUGGCAAGCUGGCCAUCUUCACCGAUGAUAUCAAAAUGGACUCUCAGAUGACCAAGCAGGCUCUGAAUGAGAUCGAGACCCGACACACCGAGAUCAUCAAGCUGGAAAACAGCAUCCGUGAACUGCACGACAUGUUCGUCGACAUGGCCAUGCUGGUCGAGAGCCAGGGAGAGAUGAUUGACAGAAUUGAGUACAACGUGGAGCACUCCGUCGACUACGUGGAGCGAGCCGUAUCCGACACCAAGAAGGCCGUCAAAUACCAGAGCCAGGCCCGCAAGAAGAAGAUCAUGAUCAUCAUCUGCUGCGUCAUUCUGGGCGUGGUCCUGGCGUCGACCAUCGGCGGCACGCUGGGCUUCUAAGACGAUGCUCCACCAACCUGCCGCUGUGACAACCGACACCGACCGACCGUCCGACCGCCAGCAGAGAAAAGAAACAGACAACGACAACAACAACAACACAAAAACUUGAAACACAAAUGCAAGACAGAUAACCAAUCAGCUAGGAAGCGAUAACAGUCCAAUCACAGAUAAGAGGAAACACCGUGGGGUUGGGUGGGGUUCAAAAAACAAAGACAAAAAAAAAAACAAUAAAAAUGCCAUCACAUUAUAGCUGACUUAAAUACAUGACAUACACAAAAAGAGGGUACAAAUAAUCUUACUAUUUAUUACAGAUGUACAUGUAAAUGUAUUGAACAUAUGAAGCAACAUGUGGGUUAGCUACCUGUAAAAAUGAUGACCUCUAAUAUGACAUUUACUUGUUUGUUUGUUUGUUUGUUUUGCCUUUUUUCUUAUUUUUUAACACUUUCUUUCGUUUUUUCGGGAGUCUCCGAGGACAGUGAUGGUGACCGCUGCUGGGUGGGAGCUCCGCAGGACGAGCGUUCCAGAACCGAACCUUUAAUCCGUCCGUUAAGUUUCUUAGGUUUAUUUCCCAGUAAGACGUUCUGGGGCGGAGCACGUUCCAGAGCAUCACAGAACAUGCGGUCCUACUUGAGGACAAACGUUUUCCGCUCCGUCAGAACGUUCGGGAGCUCCAGAACUCGG